GACUUGAUACAAAACCUUUAUUUGUGUAUCUUUUCAUCACAAAAUAGGUUGACUGCGAUUCCUAUCAAUUGAAAUGUCAUUUCUGGUGUUCCAGCUGAGCGUCGUGUUGGGUCUGGCGGCUGCCUCUCUGGCCGCUCCGUCACAGCCUCCCUACGGAUACUCUCCUCCUCCCUCUUAUCAGUCUCCAGCUCAGUACAACUUCGAUUGGGUCGUGAAGGACGACUACUCCGCCAACGACUACGGCCACCAGGAGUCCCGCGACGGCUACAACACACAGGGGUCCUACUACGUGCAGCUUCCCGACGGUCGCCUGCAGAAGGUCACCUACUACGUGGACGGCGACUCAGGCUACGUAGCCGAGGUCACCUACGAGGGACAGGCUCAGUACCAAGCCCACCAACCUCCUUACCAUUCUACACCUGCAUACCAGCCUACCCCUUCAUACCACACCACUCCUUCCUACCACCCAACACCUGUCUACAGGCCAACACCUUCUUACAGGCCGAGACCCCACCACUGAGAACCUUAUGUAUAAUCAAUCGCAAUAAUAAUGAUAAUAAUAAUAAUUAAAUAAAUAAAAAUAAACAAAUAAA